UUCGCCUUGUCCGCUUCCGCCUUUCUCCAGUCGGCCCCGGAACGCGGUCGGGGUGGGGUCAAGCUGACCGCCCCGCUGUGGCUCCGCCUCUUUUCCGCAGUAUCUCCGGGUUCUGUCUCAGCCCGGGAAGGCUCCUGCUCCCACUGCAGCCCCCUGUGAUGGUGUGGUGGCUCGAUUCUCCCAGUGCCUGGCUGAGUUUCGGACGUGGUUAAGAACCAACUGGUUGAGGUUCAAUGCAGACAAGACGGAUGUGAUGCUGUAGAAAAUGUGCAUCAGAUGUUUAUGUUUAAUUGGUUUACAGACUGUCUGUGGACUCUUUUCCUGUCAUAUUACCAGCCAUCUGUUGAGUCUUCAAGUCCAGGAGGUUCAGCAACAUCAGAUGACCAUGAAUUUGAUCCAUCAGCUGACAUGCUGGUUCAUGAUUUUGAUGAUGAACGCACAUUAGAAGAGGAAGAAAUGAUGGAAGGAGAAACAAACUUCAGUUCUGAAAUAGAGGAUCUUGCAAGGGAAGGUGACAUGCCAAUUCAUGAACUUCUCAGCCUUUAUGGUUAUGAUAGUACUAUUCGACUACCUGAGGAAGAUGAGGAGGAGGAGGAGGAGGAAGAAGGUGAAGAUGAUGAAGAUGCUGAUAAUGAUGAUAACAGUGGCUGUAGUGGGGAAAAUAAAGAAGAGAAUAUAAAAGAUUCCUCAGGUCAAGAGGAUGAAACUCAGUCUUCCAAUGAUGAUCCAUCACAAUCUGUUGCUUCUCAAGAUGCCCAGGAAAUAAUCCGUCCACGUCGAUGUAAAUAUUUUGAUACAAAUAGUGAAAUAGAAGAAGAAUCUGAAGAAGAUGAAGAUUAUAUACCAUCAGAAGACUGGAAAAAGGUAAUUAUGGUGGGCUCCAUGUUUCAAGCAGAGAUUCCAGUUGGCAUUUGUAGAUACAAAGAAAAUGAAAAAGAUGAGGCAGAAAGAAGGGAAGUAACUUGCUGGGGUCAUACAGUAUAUGAAAAUGAUGAUCAGCUCCUGUGGGACCCUGAGUACUUACCGGAAGACAAAGUGAUUGUAUUUCUUAAGGAUGCAUCUAGAAGAACAGGUGAUGAGAAAGGUGUAGAAGCAAUUCCUGAAGGAUCUCACAUAAAAGACAAUGAACAGGCAUUAUAUGAAUUAGUUAAAUGCAAUUUUGAUACAGAAGAAGCAUUAAGAAGAUUAAGAUUUAAUGUAAAAGCAGCUAGAGCAUUUGGGAGAAUAUUGCUUAACAGUUUCCCCUCCUUCCCCCGCCCCCCGAUUUUGUCAGAGGAAUUAUCUGUUUGGACAGAGGAAGAGUGUAGAAAUUUUGAACAAGGGUUGAAGGCCUAUGGAAAGGACUUUCAUUUGAUUCAGGCUAAUAAAGUUCGAACAAGGUCAGUUGGUGAAUGUGUAGCAUUCUAUUAUAUGUGGAAAAAAUCUGAACGUUACGAUUUCUUUGCUCAGCAAACGCGAUUUGGAAAAAAGAAAUAUAAUCUUCAUCCUGGUGUCACGGAUUACAUGGAUCGUCUUCUAGAUGAAAGUGAAAGUGCUGCUUCUAGUCGAGCACCAUCCCCUCCCCCAACUGCCUCAAACAGUAGUAACAGCCAGUCUGAGAAAGAAGAUGGCACUAUAAGCAAUAGUAAUCAAAAUGGGGUGUCAUCUAACGGACCAGGUGAAACAUUAAACAAAGAAGAAGUGAAAGUUGAAGGGUUACACGUUAAUGGACCAACAGGUGGAAGUAAGAAACCACUUCACACAGAUAUGGAUACUAAUGGUUAUGAAACAGAUAACCUUACCACUGACCCAAAAAUUGCCCAUACGACUGCAAGAAAUGAAAGUGAUUUUGAUGAAAAAAGUGAGAGACCUGCCAAAAGGCGAAGGGUGAACAGCAAUGGAAAAGAAAGUCCGGGUUCUUCUGAAUUUUUCCAAGAUGCAGUCUCACAUGGAAAAUUUGAAGAACUUGAAAACACAGACGACUAAAUUUUACACUUAUUUUACUUUCUUUGGAGUAAAUUCUGGUGUGACUAAAGUUUUCAGGGUUGAUGGGUGACCUUAAAAAGUUGACUUCCUUGAAGCAGUUGGUUAAAAUUUGAAAAUUUGAAUUGUCCUAACUUUAGUAAAUAAGAUUUCAUAAUUCUGCCUUUUGCAGACUUUUUACUUUAAAAUUGUGAAGGCCCUUUUAAGGAUAUAAAACAAAUAGUUUAGUAAAUUUGAAAGAUGUAUCUGUACCUUCUCAUUUGAUGUAUUAAUCCUAAAAUUUCACUACAAGGUACUUUUUGCUUAGUUUGAUGGCAGAGAAGAAAAAAACAAGUUCAAAUUUCUGAUUAACACCAAUUUUUCUGAGUUUCUUGAAAUGUCUUUUAUGACAUUUUUCUUCUCCAUACAAAUUGAGUUAUCAUUAUUAAGGAAACCCUUAUGAAUCCUGAAAGUUAUGCUAGCAUGAUUUUUUUAUAUAUAGAAGUUUAAAAAUAAACCAAGUCAGGUUUGUAUAUGUAAAAUUGUUGACAUCAAUGAUGUCUUUCCAUAUUCUUAUCUGGGCUUAAGAAAUACAUUCUGUAUUUUUCCAGAUUCUUUGUAGCCUUUGGAAGAUUUUUACAGUACAUAUGUCUUGACUGAGCUGUCCUUUCUUAAUACAAAAGCUUGUAUAAUUUUCUUAACUUGUACAGUUGGUAAACUUUUAUGAGAGGAAUUGAUAUUCUGAGUCUGUCAGCUUUCAUUUUAUUUUGCUAAGGUUUUUCUAAUGAAUUUUUAAGUGUUUGUGUAGUAACUAAGUCAUGUUUCUUAUAUCCAGGUGGUAAAAGCAUUCAUAAAGGAUUGUGAACAUUUGUUUUUUUCAAGUUUCUACUUAAGGACAAAUAGUUUGAGAACUCUGAAAUUAAGCAUGAUACUUAGAUCACAUAGUUUGUUUUGCAUUUGCUAUAAUUUUCAAAAUUAUUUUUGAAUCAAGACAAAAGUUUAAUGUUGGCUUAAGUGCUUAAAUGUAUCAUGCUGACCAGAAUCCUGUUCAGUUAUUUUUAUAUGCAUUACAAAAUUUCCCAUUUUUGCAUUAAAUAAACGGGAAAAGGUCAAGUGAUACUUAGAUGUUGGCACACACAAGGAGUUGGCAGGCAACAGUACUGAUUUUAUGAGGAAAAAGUGAUAAAGUUAGAAGUUUUUAGACUUCCAGUUAACAAUCCAGCUUUUCAGAUUUGAUAGUGUAUUUCCAAAAUGAAAAUAAGAUAUUCAGUAACCACUGCUCUGUGUGAUUACAAAUAGGAUCAUCCAUUUGCAUAGCCUUGCAAUAGUGCCAUUUUAUUUUUAGUGCAAAAUUCUUGUUUAAAAAAUGUAGUUUUAUACAGCUGAUAGACCAACCUAUAUCCAAACUUUUAUAAAAGAUUAUUAACUAUUGUUUUAUCACACAGGCAUACCCCAAAUGCUUCUACUGAUUCAUUUUCAGCCAUCAAAGAGCCAAUGCCUUUUUAAAAUAAAUCUUCUGAGGUCUUGUUUUUAAUGGCUCAACUGUCUAAUGCAAUUGAGUAGAGGUUUGCACUGAGAAAUUGGUUUAGGCCUUAUCCCCCAUGAAGUAUUACUAUUAACCUAUGUUCAGACUGCUUCCCUCCACCAAUGUGAACAACUUUUUCUCCCCAAACAGUGUUAAAAGCCACUUUACAACACUUGACUUCAUAUGAUGUAGAUUCAUUGUUGUUACAUACACAUCCAAGUAAAUCAAAGUUUUGGGUGGAAGUGUUGAGAAGCGUGAACAACUUCUUGUUUUUGUUUUACCUAGAACAUUAAUUUAUCCAGAAUGGCAGCUUUUGCAGAUGGUCACUAUCCAUUUUCUAAAUCAGCUUUUAUUAUACGAAUCCAAAGUGUCCUAGCUCUUUGUCAAAGGUGGUCUAUAGAAAUAGUGAUGAUGAACUUUAAGUUGUUGCAAUAUUAGAGUUGCCAUUUUCACCUUUUUUUUGAAAGAUGCAUUUUGUUUGCAGGUUUGUGAAGUUCUUGCAGACUAACAUUACAGGAACAUUUUAAAUAAAUUCUCAGGCAUGUUUGCAAAUACGGCACAUGUUGUAUACAUGUUAGGAAAUUUUACUUUUCUUGAUCUUUUUAAAGUAUGCCUAAUGAAAGACAUUCCACUAUUAUAAUACAUAAUGCUCAGCUUUUCAUAGAGAAAUAUUUAAUUGUAUUUUAUGUUUAUACAGGUAUUUCACACAGUACUUUGUUCUUCAUAAUGCAGCCACUAUAACUUGAUGUCAUUGCACUACUUUAAAAAUUUUUAGUAAUACCAUGAAUUUAAUUUGCUUAAGAUUUAGUACAUUUCAUAACUCUUGAACUCUUGACAAAUUGCAUUGGGAAAAGAAGGCUUCGUUAAUAGUUACUUAGUCUCCCUCACCCCAUACCUACCCCCAGCAAAGCACUAUCUAUCUUCAUUUGGAAUGGUUUUCUGUUUUAUGAUGAUGUGCUUUCAAAAGAGUUCAAAAUUUGUAACUCAGUUCAACACAAGUCUGUUGAGCUUUCAAAUGUAUUUGAAGUAAUAUUCAAAUAGGCAUUUAAAAUUACGAAUUAGAUGUUUUAAAAUUUAUGCAUAGUAAUUUUGCACUAUUAGGAAAUUCCCUUCCCCUAUUCCCUGUCUGCCAUUCUGAAUAUGCUUAUUAAAAUAUUUUUUUAAACAUAUUUGCCUAUAUAAUGCUUUGUGAAUGAUUUUUAUUAGAUUGAAUAGGUUUUAAUUAUAGAUUUUAAGUUUGUAUAAUGCACACUGUUUACAAUGCAAAUAUAUACAACUUCUGUUCCUUCUGCUCCUAGACGAAGUGCGUGAACUAGUGUUUCGGUGGCUCCUGAUCCCUUUGACCUCAUGGGUGAAUGAUGUAUUUUUGUCUUUUUUUUUCCUCCAGAGAGAUCCUUUGGUCUGUGGACCUCUAUUGACCUGUUUCUCUUCCUCUGAACUAUUUAAUUAAAAACAUUUUGUUUCCUU